AUGGGACCUAAGACACUAUUGGAAACCCAAGACAAAGAGAUAUCUAGAGUUUGUAGGAUUGAAUCAUUGAGUCAGGUAUCUGGUGUCUUGCGUUGCCAAUGGGGUGAUGAAGGUAAAGGAAAACUCGUUGAUAUCUUGGCCAAACAUUUCGACAUUGUUACUCGUUUCCAGAAGUUUUUUCGGCACCAAAAAAGAAAGUCAAAGCAGGAAAAGAUUAGUUUGUUUCACUGGAUUUUUCUUCUUCAAAUAAAUGGUCGACAGAUUUUUUUUUUCUACUCUCGGCCCUUCAAUGUUGAUUUAUGGCAGAGUGGAGCCAAUGCUGGGCACACUAUUUACAAUUCAGAGGGAAAGAAAUUUGCUUUUCACCUUGUUCCUUUGGGUAUUCUCAAUGAGGAAACGGUAUGUGUUAUUGCUAAUGGAGUUGUGGUGCAUCUACCAGGAUUAUUUAAAGAAAUUGAUGGUCUUGAAUCUAAUGGAGUCUGUUGUCAAGGAAGGAUAUUGGUAUCUGAUCGUGCUCACUUAUUAUUUGAUUUUCACCAAGUAAUAGAUGGGCUUAGAGAAGCUGAGCUGGCUAAAUCCUUUAUUGGCACCACCAAGAGAGGCAUUGGGCCUUGCUAUUCAAGCAAGGUCAUUCGAAAUGGCAUAAGAGUAAGUGAUUUAAGGCAUAUGGAUACCUUCCCCCAGAAACUUGAUCUUUUACUAUCAGAUGCUGCUUCAAGAUUCAAAGGUUUUAAUUAUAGCCCUGAUAUGCUCAGGGAAGAGGCGGAACGCUACAAGAAAUUUGCUGAGAGGUUGGAACCCUUUAUUACAGAUACUGUACACUUCAUGAAUGAUGCUAUAUCUCAGAAAAAGAAGAUUUUGGUUGAAGGUGGUCAGGAAACUAUGUUGGACAUAGAUUUUGGAACGUACCCUUUAGUGACGUCCUCCAGUCUAUCAGCUGGUGGAAUCUGCACUGGUCUUGGCAUUGCUCCCCGAGUGAUUGGUGAUCUCAUCGGUGUGGUAAGUGAACUUACUCUAUUUUCUCUAGUAUCAAAGAACAGAGCAUUUGGUGUUGCUCAUUUUUUUUUAUUUUUUUUUCAGUAA